AUGGAAGAAGACAAAGACAUUCCGUUGAUAUUAGACAGACCAUUCUUGGCUACGGACAGUGCUUUAAUUGACGUUCAAAGGGGGCAGCUAAUUUUGAGACUUGGAGAAGAACAUAUCUCAUUUAAAGUCUUCAAGGCUAUGAAACUUCCUACAGAGUCAGAUAGUUGCUUCCAAAUUGAUGUGGUCGACAAGGUGCUUCAAGACACGUUUCGACUUCAACAUUUUGUAGAGAUUGAAACAUGUGCAAGCUUCUUGGAGACUAAUUCGCCCUACACAAGGAAAAGGCACUUUGAGGAACUUGGAGUUGGAUCCAAAAAACCACUACCAUCCAUUCAGCAUCCACCUCUAUUGGAACUAAAGCAAUUGGCGCCACAUCUUCGAUACGCAUAUUUGGGGGACUCUUGUACACUCCCAGUGUUUAUCUCGAACGCCGUCAGUGAAGUGGAGGAAGAAAAAUUGCUUAGAGUGCUUCGGGAAAACAAGACGGCGAUUGGUUGGACCAUAGCAGAUAUCAAAGGGAUCAGUCAUUCACUCUGUAUGCACAAGAUUCUCAUGGAGGAUAAUUUUCGAUCGAAUAUUGAAGGUCAAAGAAGGUUGAAUCCGAACAUGAAAGAAGUGGUCAAGGUAGAGGGUAGAAUCACAGUGGUGUCUAACGAGAAGAAUGAGCUAAUUCCCACCAAAACAGUGACAGGAUGGAGGGUUUGCAUCGAUUAUUGCAAACUCAAUGCAACUAUAAGGAAGGAUCAUUUUUCACUCCCGUUUAUUGAUCAGAUGCUAGAGAGACUGGCGGGGCAUUCACAUUACUGUUUCUUUGAUGAAUAUUCAGGGUACAAUCAGAUACCAGUUACACCAGAUGAUCAAGAAAAGAUCACCUUCACUUGUCCCUAUGGUACUUUUGCAUACCGUAGGAUACCUUUUGGUAUUUGCAACGCUCCUACAACAUUCCAGCGAUGCAUGAUGGCGAUAUUCUCCGAUAUGGUGGAAAAAUUCAUUGAGAUAUUCAUGGAUGACUUCUCAGUUUUCGGAUCGUCAUUUGAUGAGUGCUUGAAGCACUUGAAUUUGGAAGGGAUUGUACUUGGGCAUCGAGUGUCAUCGAAGGGAAUUAAGGUGGACAAAGUGAAGAUUCAAGUUAUUGAAAAUCUACCGCCACCAAUGGGAACCUUAAAUGAUGCACAAAUCAACUAUGCCACCAUUGAGAAGGAGCUCUUGGCCGUGGUUUUUGCAUUCAACAAAUUCAGAUCAUAUCUCGUGGGGUCUAAAGUUGUAGUGUACACAGAUCAUGCCGCACUGAAGUAUUUGAUGACAAAGAAGGAUGCAAAGUUAAGACUGAUCCACUGGGUAUUACUCUUGCAAGAAUUUGACAUCGAAAUCAAGACAAAAAAGGGAGUGAUAAUGUGUAUUGAAGAAGCACCUUGGUAUGCCGAUAUUGUAAACUAUUUGGCCAAAUCCAUUCCACCACUAGAUUAUUCAAGUCAUCAGAGGAAAAAGUUCUUCUCGGAGUUAAAAUACUACUUCUGGGAAGAUCGUAUUCUCUACAGGCACAGGGCAAAUCAGAUUGUUAAGAAAUGUGUACCUGAAGAAGUACCGAAGAUUCUUGAGCAUUGCCAUUCAUCCUCAUAUGCGGGACACUUUGGAGCUUCAAAGACUGCUGCGAAGAUUCUACAGUCGGGGUUUUACUAG